AUGUUUAUAAAUAUAUGUCAAUACUUACCACCAAAAGAUUUACUUUCUUUAGCUCAAGUUUGUAAGCUAUUUAAUCGUUAUUUAUGUUCCGAAAAUUCAACUACUACUCAAGAAAUUUGGAGAACUUCUAGAAUUGAAUUUUUACCUUUUUUACAAAUGCCUCCACCUGAAUGUAUGAAUGAACGUCAAUAUGUUAAACUUGUAUUAGAAAGAGGUUGUCAAUUUUGUAAAAAACCAAAAAUUCGUAAAGUUUAUUUUGAAUUUUUGGUAAGAUGUUGUGAAGAUUGUUUAAAAUCAAGAACAAUAAGGCAAGAUCAAAUUGAAGACAUUAUGCCUGAAUUUCCUAAUUUUUAUGAGAUAAUCUCUGGAUUACCGUUCAUACCAUCAUGGUCUAGACGAGAUUGGGAUAGUGAUACCGAAAAAAAUCCAUCAAGUCUUUAUUGGAAAGCCGAUGUUAUUGAAACAAUAGCCGAAUAUAAAUCAAUUCCUGAUGAUCCUCCAACACUUCGUGAAGAUUGGUUAAAACAGAGACAAAAAGAGGGUGAUGAAAAAAUGAAAGAUAUUAUUGAACGUAAAAAGGAGUGUAACAAAGGAUUAAGAGAGAAAAAUAUGAAAAAUUCUCAAAAGAAAUUUGAACGUUCAAAUUUAAUUAAAACAAAAAUUUUAUCAAUGAAAGAUGAAAAAAAUGAAAAUAAUUGUUUGAAAUUUAAUAAGGAAAUUCUUGAGGAUUGUCAAACUUAUAAAAAUUAUAUGUUUAUGUUUCGGAGAUCUGCUCUUCCAUUCACUGAACGUGCUUGGUUACUUUUAAAAAACAAAUUACUAAAAGAGUACGAGGAAUCUUAUGAGCGUAAAAGACAAUGUCGUAGAGAAAGGGAAAAAUUAUGGUCAAGGGAGACCGUUUUUCAAAUGAGGCAAUACGAUAUUUAUCUCAUAGCAAAAACUUGGUUACCUGAAUCAGUUAAAUCAAUUGAAUCUUCCGAAUUAUUUUCGCCAUCUGAUAUCGGAAUCUUUGACACUUCUUUAAGUUCUGCAAGUUCUUUUAUUGUGGAGGAACAAAAUUCGAUUUCAAAUGUUAUUAAUGAAAAUUCUGGUAUUGUUGAUACUAUUCCUAAUCUGAUUACUGAAAAUCUUUCAAAUAUGGAUAUUUUACCUAUAUACACCACUAUUACAGCUUUUACACACUCUACUUCUAGUUUUCCUGAUUGUAUUUAUACAAACUCUUAUGAUCCUUUACUUACGUCUACGACUUCCUUUACUAUUUCUUCAAACCCUUCCAUUAACGAUAUAACCGAUCCUUCUUUUUCUACAAAUUCAUUAAAUUCAACAAGUAGUUCUACAUUAAAUUCUUCAUUCAAUCUCGAGAAUUCUAUUAAUUUUGAUCAACAUUCAUUACUUUGCAAAUAUCUUCCUUGGUGUCCCUCAUUUCAAAACCCACCUUUUCAUAAUAACGAUCCUUAUAAUUUAUGGGAUGAUGAAUUUUUACAAAAAUCUUUAAUGCCAAGAAUUUGGAACGAAGCUUUAAAUCUUAAAAAAACUUUUUCACCUUUUAUAAUUAACGGUUCUAUUACUUCAAAAAAUUUAUCUGUUCAAAAGGCCGUUCUUUGUAACAUGAAAUCAAAUAAUAUAUUUCAAUGUAAAUUAUGUAAACAACAACAAUUAUCAAAUUUUAAUUCUUGUUAUUCUCCUUUAUAUACAAAAGCUUUUCUAUCUUAUUCUAAACCAGUUUCUUAUUUUCAAGUUAGACAACAUUUAUUUAAUGAUCAUAAAAUUUUUCAUAUUUUCGAUGAUGAAAUGAUUGAUGUUGUCUUUAAUGGAUUAAUUGAUCCUGGUUCUAGUAUUAGUAAUACUUUUGUCUUUUCAAAUUGCGUUAAAAGCUUAAGUUCUGCUGGUUAUAAUUUUUGGUUAUUGGAUGGAAUUGUUUAA